AGUGCCUCCACAGCUUUCGAUCACGCUACUAGAUACCCCUGUGCACGAUAUGGCGAAGAAAGCAUCUGGCUCAACUGACAAGAAGCCUGCUGAUAAGAAAGCGGGCAAAGGCAACGCUAAGGCAGAUGAGUCCUCCGGCGACAAAAAGAGAAAGGGCGGUGGUCUGAAGGCCGCGACCUCCGUCAACGUGCGUCACAUUCUGUGCGAGAAGCAAUCGAAGGCCCUCGAGGCGCUGCAAAAAAUCCAGGAAGGCCAGCGAUUUGACAAGGUCGCACAGGAAUAUUCAGAGGACAAGGCGAAAGCUGGUGGGAGUCUGGGCUGGCAAGUCCGAGGAGCGAUGGUGGGCGCAUUCCAGGAUGCCGCUUUUGCGCUGCAGCCCUCGACGGUAGACAAGCCAGUUCUAUCUCCCCUCGUCAAGACACAAUUCGGGUAUCACAUUAUCAUGGUCGAAGGGCGCAAGUGAGGCUCUGACUGGUAGUCAACUGUGGUCACCCAGAACCCAGAUGCUGCUUUGAUCGCGAAAUCCUGAUGUACCACAGAUAUGCUUUGCCUCUCACAAGCAAGACAUCUCCAUUCAGACUGC